AUGCUUUUGAUUCUGUCUGAAGAGCAAAAGGAACAUUUAAAGUUCCUAGUAUCUUUAGAAAUCGAUGUCGUCCUUGAAUUUGCACGGAUCUCUCUGGAUUCUAUUCUGAAAGGCUCAACGAAUCCAAAGCUUUUCCAAACCGCUGCCCAAAAACUUGGGGUAGAGGCGAGUACUGUGAAGAAUGGUAUCAACGGCUUGCAGCAUGUUUUUACAGAAAGUUCUCGCUUAAUGAUUGGUGAAAUAGACUUUCAAGAUUCCAUUAUGACCCUGGGUUUUUCAGAAGAAGUGAUCGGAGCCUUGUUGAAGAUGUACCUGGCAAACCGGAAGGAGAUAAGAAACAUUCUAGGGGAAAUGAGUCUCGGAAUUCCCCACUAUCAUGAUCUGGAGUGGAGAUUUGAUGUAGAGUUGGCCAGUCGAUCUCUACAACAUCAAACGAAUCCUGUUGUGAUAAUGAGACUGCAUACAAAGGAAGGAGAGAAGAAGUCUGCUGAUAUUUUACAGACCGACCCUGUCAAUUUAAUUCACCUUACUUCAGAGCUGGAAAAUGCAAUGCAGGAAAUGAAGACUGCCCACUGCAGAAGAAUUGUCAGGAAUAUAAAGUAAACAGACAUAAGUGUAGAUACAUACAAGCUUUUGACUUUGUGACGAUGAUGAUGUUGAGAUGAUGAUGAUGAUGAUGAUGAUGAUAACAAUGAUGAUGAUAAUGAUGUUGAUGGUGGUAGUACCAAGGAUGUUGAUGAUAAUGAUGAUAGUGAUGAAAGAGCUGGUAAUGUUGAUGACCAUGACAAAGGCAAUGAGGAUGGUGAUGUACCCUAUUCUGGGAACGAAGCCUUUUGGGACCAGUGAAAUAGCAGUUGUACAAAGGAAAAAUUUUGCUAGUGGAAAGAAAAGAGGGGAUACCCACAGAAAGAUGGGAUACCCGCGAGAGGGAUAUUUUUUUUUUUUUAUCAUCAUAUACCUUGCACAGCCUAUUAUCACCCCCCUUAGGAAAACACUUUGAACAGCCGAAUAACAGUGAUGUCGAUACUGCUGAUAACCAUAAUUAUUAUUGUUAGGCUUCGGUCGUAAUGAUGUUGAUACUGCUUUUGACUUCAUGUUAAAAUGGGAAUAG